AUUUGUCCAUUUCACUCACAUUUCCCCCUUCUCUCUCUAAACUUAGAGAGAGAAAGAGAAGAACGCGCAGAAACCGCGUUUGGUAAAGUGAAACCCCAUCUUCAUCCCCCCCCUCUUCACUCUCUCCAUUCAAUUCCUCUGCUCCAAUUAAUUCGAAAUGAGAGCUGAAGCUUCACGAUUACUCCCCGCCGCCCUUUCUCUUCUCCUUUUCCUUCCAUUCUGCUUCGGAAUUCGAACUUUCCGCUAUGAACUGCCGUCGUCCACCGUCUUCACCCGCUUCUCCGAGGCGCCGGAGUACCGGAAUGGGGCGGAGUGUUCUUCUUCCUCCACCGGCGAUACGGCCACGUCCUGUGACCCGUCGUUGGUCCACAUCGCAAUGACCUUGGAUUCUGAGUACGUACGAGGCUCCAUGGCUGCGAUUCAUUCCGUUCUCAAACACGCUUCCUGCCCUGAAAACGUGUUCUUCCAUUUCAUCGCUGCCGAGUUCGACCAAGCAACUCCUCGCGAACUCAGUAAACUCGUCCGAUCCACUUUCCCUUCUCUGAAUUUCAAGGUCUAUAUCUUCAGAGAAGACACUGUAAUCAAUUUAAUUUCCUCUUCCAUUCGUCUAGCCCUAGAGAAUCCUCUGAACUACGCUAGAAAUUACUUGGGCGACAUUCUUGAUUCCUGUGUUGACCGAGUCAUUUACCUCGACUCCGACGUCGUGGUUGUCGACGACAUUCACAAGCUCUGGAACAUCAAGCUGAGCGGAUCUCGAGUCAUCGGAGCGCCAGAGUAUUGUCAUGCCAAUUUCACCAAAUACUUCACCGAAAAAUUCUGGUCCGACCCGGUUCUCUCCCGGAUCUUCGCCUCCAGAACGCCCUGCUAUUUCAACACCGGAGUCAUGGUCAUGGAUUUGGCGAGAUGGAGAAUCGGAAACUACAAGAAGAAGAUCGAAAGCUGGAUGGAGUUACAGAAACGCACUCGGAUUUACGAUCUCGGCUCCCUACCGCCGUUCCUCCUCGUUUUCGCUGGAAAUGUUGAACCCAUCGAUCAUCAGUGGAAUCAGCACGGCCUGGGCGGCGAUAAUGUUAAGGAUAGUUGCAGAACGCUGCAUCCCGGUCCGGUGAGUUUACUCCAUUGGAGCGGAAAGGGAAAGCCAUGGGUAAGAUUGGACGCCAAGAAACCUUGCCUUCUUGAUCAUCUAUGGAAGCCGUAUGAUCUGUACAGAGCACAGGAUUCAGCUUCACCGGCACCUUCAUCAUAUUCAUCGACAUUGAUUAGUUAUUUAAGUUAUUAAUUCUUUGGUACAGAGUCACCGAUUCUUUGAUUGAUUAACGGUGUACAGAUUUGGGUGAUGGAUUGGUUCACUCACAGGGGAGAGAUUAUGGUUGAUUCAUCUUGUUUUAUUGACCAUUUAUUAUGUAUUAACACAAGAUUUCAUCAAAUUUAUUUAUAAAUAUUCCAGAAUUUCGAUUCUUGCGAACAAAA